GGGAUUGCAAACAACGAAAACCAAAACAAAAAGGCAUAAGUGGAGCUAGCGAGAGGACAAUGCAUACACUUAGGCACGCCCAGCAGGCUUUGAUAGUGCUGGUCGGCUUGGGCCUGGCCGGGAUGCAGGCAAACGUGCCCAGCUACUCGGAGUACGAUGCGCCCACGCGCUAUGACAAUAGGCGCGGAGGUGGCGGACGCUACAACAACAGGCAACAGGCAGCGGCGGCACAGACGCUCUAUCCACGCUCGGGCGGCAUCAACUUUGACCUUGCCGAGACGCCAACCCAGCAACAGCAGCCUCGUAGGCGGGAAUACAUGUUGCGCGUUCACGAGGGCGUCUCGAGUCGCGACCAGCACAAAUGUCGCAUAUGGGUGCCCGCUGAGGCCGUUUCCAAGUAUCCGCUGGCCAGUCUCAUUCAAACGGAUGUGGCCAACAAGCUCAGCUCGAUUGAGGUCUGCUGCACCGGCUACACGCCCACCCGGCUGAUGGGCGUGACCGUCUGUCGGCCCAUCUGCAGCUGCCAGAACGGUGGCUGCCGCAUCCCGGGCGAAUGCGAUUGCUACGAGGGCUUCGUGCGCAACGACAAUGGUGACUGUGUGUUCGCCUGCCCCAUCGGCUGCCAGAACGGCAGAUGCUAUCUGGACGGCAGUUGCCAGUGCGACAUGGGCUAUAUGCUGGACGAGACGCGACGCUUCUGCCGGCCCAUCUGCAGCAGUGGCUGCGGCAACAAUCCGCGCCACAAUUGCACCGAGCCGGAGAUCUGCAGCUGUGCCAAGGGCUAUCAGCUGACCAACGAGGGCUGCCAGCCCGUCUGCGACCCGGACUGCGGCAUCGGCGGCAUCUGUCGGGACAAUAACGAGUGCGACUGCGGACCGGGCUAUACGCUCAAAGACGGCGUCUGCCAGAGCGAUUGCUAUCAAAAAUGCUACAAUGGCGUAUGCGUGAGUCGCAAUCGUUGCAUCUGCGAUCCCGGCUUUAGCUAUCACGAACAGUCCACGAUGUGUGUGCCCGUCUAAAAUCUAGCUAGGCAAUUGGUUAUAAAUACUUUUUUAACACUUUAUUAAUAAUAAUAAAUGAUACUUUUUAAAUACAACAAAUACUCGUUCAACA